AUGUCCAUCGGUCGCUCUCAAGGUCAGAUCAUUUCAAAGGAUUCACUCCCAGCACAUCCCCUUCUCUCCCCUGCACCUUCACACACCUCAAGCCCAUCUCUUUCUCCUUCCACAACACUCGCUUGCGCAUCCCCGCAGCCUAUAUCCACUUCCCCAAAAUAUGUCCCCUACACACCCAGGCACAAGCCAGUCGCCUCAACGUCCAACACCACCGCACCAGCAGCAGCACUCACAACGAACAACGCUACCGGAAGUCCGACGAGCUCUGCGACUGCGGGAGGAGCGACAAGAGAGCUGCAGAGGCAGAAUAUGAAGUCUGAAAUUCAGGGGUUGGGACUGAGCGGCGAGAGUGCAGGGUGGGGGAUGCUUGAUCGCCUGAGUAGCCUCGGGGUGGCGGAUGAUGAGUGGGAAGAGGUAUGGGGGAUGAUCACUGUUGGAAAAGCUACGUUGUUGUUGCCAAAAGAACCACUAGCGCCGGGAGAGAUCACAGCGGAUCUGGUAAGAGAUCACGUAGUGUUCCUCUCCCCUCCAGCGAGCAGCUCGCCGUCUCCCGUCGUCACUCUCUCCGGUCUAAGAGGCACAGCAGACAGCAAUUCGCUCAUAUUCCGUUCCUCUCUCCCGACCGACUGUACCCAAUUCACCAACCUCGUCGCACCCACUUCCCGGGGCCCGACGCUCGCUGCUCUCCCCCCACUCCCCCUCCCGCUAUCAAACGCAGACCUCUCUACCCCAUACCCGACAUUCAUCGUCCACGGCCCCCCGACCCCCGUCCCUCUCCCACCACGUCCCUCUCCCGUUCCCCCUCCACUCCCUAACCGGCCCAAGCCCGCCCAGCACCCAACAAACCGGCUCGUAUCCCUCCCCUUCUCCCUCUUUGGGUCCAAAUCCCCUACUCCCACCCCGGCCCCGCCUCCUCCCGUCCCCGUGCCUUCCCCGCCUACUCCUCCCACCCACCUGGUAGGCGAAGGACCGACAAUCGACGUAUGGCCUAUCGAAACCCUCCUCCGCACGAGGGAGGUCGUGCACCAGAUCGGGCGCGCAGUGAAAGCAGAGAUCAAGCUUGCCCUCCACGGCCUGCCCGGCUGGGUCACAGAUCGUGUUAGUACAUUCGUCGCUCCCUACCUUCCCGCGCUCGCCCAGGCUAAGAAAGGCAAGCUCCGCCCUUCCCCCUUCAGCACGUUUACGCUCAGCAACGGAGCUUCCAACUCCAGCUCAGGUGCCGGUGCGCACGCUAGCCCCAGCCCCAACCCAAGCCCAAGCCCCGAACAGCAGCCAACGCCCGAAGCGUUCCAGCAGUUCUACAGCAGCAUACAUCAGGAUCUGCAGCUGUACUUCGAGCACGCCCACAGUCCUACCACGAGCUUGCUAGGCCGGAGGAGUAAGGAGCUAGACCACCCAGCAGAGCGGGAAGAAGAAGAGCGCGAGAAAGAGCUAGACGAAAAGGCUUCUUUCUUCCACGGCUCAACACGCGCCGCUGCGCUCCGCGACGCCCUGGAUCGCGUGGAAGCUGUCGUCUGCAUUCUCUUGUUUGACAGACUGUUCCGCCCCCAGGACUCGGAUGACGACAGACAUGACGAGGCGCUCGCGAGUAGGAUCGCUGCUCUGAACAUGCUUGAUCUUGGUCUGGAGCACCUGGGGGUGGACGUCGUAGGCCGCAAGGGGGAGGGGGACAAAGAGGUCGAGGAAGUGGUCAAGGCUUGUGGACGGGAACUCCAGAAACUGCCUUUGGUCCAAGCCCCAAGGGAGAAAGCGGCUAUCCUAGUCACGGCACACAAGAUCGUUGCGGACGGUUUGGCCCAGCUGCCGCCUCUCAGGCUCAGGCCGGAAACAGAGGUAGAGCAGGAACUCGAGCUAGAGUUGGGCGAACGGACGGCCCGGCCUGCCCUGCUCGAAGAAAGCGGGGAGCUCACGGCAAGGCCUUUCCCUCCCAAUCCGGCGAUUCACGUCCAAUUGGAAGAACAGGAGCUGCAGGAAGGCGUGAACGGUUAUCCCCCGGCGCUGCAUGCUAGUAUGGAGCAGGAACUCGAGCAGGCGCAGAGGGAUACCGUUACUUCCCGCUCUUCUGCGUCGGAGGGGGAGGGACAGGACGUGUUCGUACGCACUCCUCCAGUGCCGCCUUUACGUUUCCCUGAGCGGGUGGGGGAGGAAGAAUCGCAGGGGCAGAGAGAGCCCCCUCCCCUCCCUCCACGGCACCGGUCUGCUUCUCCUCCUCCUUCCUCUAUCUCCCCCGCUCGCUCCUCCUCCCCGCAAGCAACAGCAGCAGCGGACCUCAUGCUCCCCCUCAUCAUCUUCGCUGUGGUCAAGUCGAACCCUGCUCAGCUUGUGAGCCACCUGCUCUAUGUCCAGCGGUAUAGGGACUCGGCUGUCGGGGGGGAAGAGAACUACUGCUUGAUAAACCUUAGCGCUGUUGUCGAGUUCCUGGAACAUGUCGAUCUAGGUGUACUGGGACUAGGAGGGCAGGACAAGGUGCUUAGCAUCGACGAGCUUACUCCUAUCCCGCUUGUCCGUUCCCCGCAAGCGCAAGCCCAGGCCGAAGCGGUCGAGAACAUGGGCGGUCGGCUCCGGGGUACGGUGAAUCAGGUUGGGGAGCUCGCGGCUUCGACAAACAAGGUCAUAUCGGGCGUUGUCGAUUCCUCCUUCUCCGCCCUCCGGGGUUUGCUCAGCCAGAAUCAGGGGACAAUGUCCGCCGACCCCGGGUCGCCAACUGACGAGCUGGCGAAGAUUGCUCGACCAGGAUUCGGACUCCUCAGACGUGCAAGCGGGUUCUCUAUCGCUAGUAUGGCUGCUAGCUUACCUGGCGGGCAUGGGAGGGCGAGGAGCAUGCAUGGGGAGGAAGACGAGGAGGGUGGGAGGCCGUUGGUUGAGGUUGUUGGUUCGAGGGCGAACUCGAUCAGGGAGGAGAGGGAGACGGAUAGUGAUGGGUCUGAGGAGGAGACUGGGACUUCUGGCCAGACGGAGGAGGAGGAUGAGGAUGAGGAAGAAGAAGAGGACGAGGAGCGUGAGCCGGGGUACAGGUCCGACGUCCGCAGCGUUCGAAGUUUCAGCAGUAUGAUGUCCCGUGAGAGUAGGGAUAGGGAUGAGCGCAGGGAAAGGAUGAGCAUCCAUGAUCGGCUGGCGAACAUGGCUGCGGGGAGGUUUAAUCAUCCCAAGGGCGCUUCGGGCGCGGGACAUGCAGAUCCUGCAGGGAGGAAGCAACAGUCUCCGCCCAGGUCGAGGAAGAACUCGCUGUUGUCGCCUAAUGCUCCGGCGGGGAACGUACAUCCCCAGCCUGGGAUAGACUCGCACUCCCCUUCUCCGAGGGACCAGUCCCCCGCUGUCCUGCCCGCUGCUCUCCCAUCCCCGCCCGCGCCCCUACCGCUGCCUAAAAUACAUGGUCCGAGCACGAGGUUCAUGGAAUGCAGUCCGGACGACCUGAGGCUGAGCGAGAUUGGAGAAUUGCUCAGGGAGUAUAGGAGGGUUGUGGGGGCUUUGAAGGUUGUGGGAGGGUUUGAGGAGUAG